AUGCGUCCGGUAACCAGCGAUGUUCACUUUUUACUUGAAGGCUAUGAUGCGUCCGAUGGUGUCGUAGAGGAUGAAAACGAUACACCCACAAAUUUCUCAACGAAAUCCACUUCCAGAGUCGGCGACUUGCCGUCUGGACCGGGCUACUGGUGUGUGAAGGCCAAAGUCAGAAUGGUAUAUAAACUGGUGCCGGGCUACAAAUGGUCAUUUCUCGCUUGCUCCGUUUGCGGUCCGGGUGCCCACGCCAUGUGGAACGCCGCCAGCACGGUUUUAACGACGAUACGGCCCAUUUUCCUGAGCGGAGUACCUCAUAAAGUGGAUUGUUGUCAAAUUUUAACCAAUCAGAAUAGGGAUGACGCCGCAAGUCGCGUGAUCGCAGCCACUUCCGAAGCCAUGGCAGACGAAGUUCAAAGCCGAAUGUGCGCCAAUAAUUUUCAAAUGACAUCGAUUAAAACAAAUCGUAAUAAAAUGACGACAGAUGAGGGGGGUUUUCAGUCUACGCACAUAUGCAAAGAAGUGAACAUUUUGACGUUAAAGUUUCUAUUUCGGCCGCAGGGGUUUUGCAGAAAAAUACAUUGUGCUUCUAGCCGCUGGCGUCGAGACCAGGAAAUAUCCGUAACCCUGAUGAUUGAUCAACUCGCCCGAGUAGUGGAUCGGAAACGCCAGCCAGGCCGUUUGAAGACCAACACUGUUUUCAUCGGUGUCAAGCGUGGUUCCUGUAGCCCACGUUCCAGUGCAACCUUCCCGUCAAAGGAAGAUGGGAUACAGAGUUUCUCACCUGGUUGCUAUCCUCAUCUGAUUCAGCAAGACCAUCAACCGGACGAAUUCUAA